CGUUGACGCAAUGCACAGUUUCCCUUUCCUACCGCAGGAACAGCAGGACAACAGCAGAAGAGGGGAAAACUUUCAACAACUCGGCACGACACGCGCAAAAAAGUUUCUGAUCGCGCGCACAAAUAAACUUCCCUCAGUUCAAAAAUCGUAGCAGAGAAAAACCGAUGCGGAAGUGCUAAUGGAUUCGAGGUACGAGAUCCAGCGGAUGGUUGGCGGGGGCUCUGCCGGUGGAUCCCCGGCUCUUACGGGGGCUCAGUCGCGCCGGAGGAAGAUGCCGCCGCGGCCAGCGGAUUACAAACUGCAGAUCAUCAUCAUCGGCUCCCGCGGCGUGGGAAAAACGAGUCUGAUGGAAAGAUUCACGGACGAUACCUUCUGUGAAGCGUGCAAGUCCACAGUUGGAGUCGAUUUUAAAAUUAAAACGGUGGAGCUGAGGGGGAAGAAGAUCAGACUGCAGAUCUGGGACACAGCUGGCCAGGAGAGGUUCAACAGCAUCACCUCUGCCUAUUAUCGAGGUGCCAAGGGCAUCAUCCUAGUGUAUGACAUCACCAAGCAGGAGACAUUCGACGAUCUCCCCAAGUGGAUGAAAAUGAUAGACAAGUAUGCCUCGGAGGACGCCGAGCUUCUGCUGGUGGGAAACAAGCUGGACUGUGAGGUGGAUCGCGUAAUCACUCGACAGCAGGGAGAAAGGUUUUCCUCGCGGAUAUCCGGGAUGCGCUUCUGCGAGGCGAGUGCCAAGGACAACUUCAACGUGGACGAGAUCUUUCUGAAACUGGUGAACGAUAUUCUGAACAAGCUACCUAUGGAGGUCCCCAGCAAGGAGCUGUCCAACAGCAUCCUAUCCUUGCAGCCGGAGCCAGAGGUGCCCCCCGAGCUUCCACCCCCGCGUGUACGCUGCUGCUGAGGCUCCGCCCCCACCAGCCCUGCAGCAAACCGCUCCCACCACAAGGGGGCAGCGCAGAGCAGGGACAGUCUCCCUGCCUGUUCGCCCAUGACCUGGACAUGUAGCCACCUCUCCCCCAUCUUUCUGGGGCCCUUCAAUACGCCGUGCCGGAGCAAGGCAGAGCACAGAGAACAGGGCCGUUUAGACACCCCCCCCCCCCCC